UGUGCGACUAAAAAACAACCAGAAAGGAAGGAGAGCGGAAUCAAUUAGAAGACCAUGUACUGUUCAUACCCAUGGAGCGAUGGCAUGCGUGCUCCUCCUCAGUCGACCUCUCCCCUUCUCGCACCGGCUCACGAGAACCUCCGUCUGCCUGCUGUCCCUCCUACUCUCCUACCUGUGCUACUGCGCACUGUUCCCCGUCGAAACCAUCAUGCGGAAGACAGGUGAUCCGACGCCGAGCUGUCAACUCUUCCUGGCUGACGGAGCCAAAAGGCGCCUUCAGAAAUCCAUCCCCUGCGCGCUGCCGCCGCCGGACGCGAGACCGAGCGGCGCCGAGGCACCCCGGGCGAAACGAGCCGACCGGCGGCCCCCGUCCACGCUCCGCGCCGUCGGGAACGACGCGCCCGGUCCCCCGGCGGGCAAUGCGAAGUUCGGGAGUAAAAAGUUACCAAACGCCAUCAUAGUCGGUGUGAAGAAGGGAGGGACGAGAGCCGUGCUGGAGUUCAUCAGGAUCCACCCAGAUGUGCGCGCCGCGGGCACCGAGACGCACUUCUUCGACAGGAACUACGACCGGGGCCUGGAGUGGUACAGAGGUUUAAUGCCAAGGACUCUUGAAAGCCAAAUCACAAUGGAGAAGACGCCGAGCUACUUUGUGACGAGAGAGACGCCACACCGGAUCUCUGCCAUGUCCCAGAACACCAAACUCAUCGUGGUGGUGCGAGACCCCGUCACUCGUGCAAUAUCAGAUUACACUCAGACUCUAUCCAAAACGCCUGACCUGCCGAGCUUCCAGGAGCUGGCCUUCAGGAACCAGUGCCUGGGCCUCGUGGACACGUCCUGGAACGCCAUCCGGAUCGGCCUGUACGCCCUGCACCUCGAAAACUGGCUCCGCUACUUCCCCCUGGCUCAGAUCCACUUUGUGAGCGGAGAGCGUCUUAUCACAGACCCAGCAGGGGAGUUGGCCCGGGUGCAGGACUUCCUUGGGUUGAAGCGCAUAGUCACAGACAAACACUUCUAUUUCAACCGCACCAAGGGUUUCCCUUGCCUUAAGAAGCCGGAGAGCAGCGGCUCGCCCCGCUGCCUGGGCAAGUCCAAGGGCAGAACUCAUGUGCAGAUAGACAGAGAUGCCAUUGAGCAAUUGCGAGACUUCUACAGACCGUACAAUGUUAAGUUUUAUGAAAUGGUGGGUCACGACUUUAAGUGGGAGUAAAGGUUUGAGACAUAUUUUUAAAGAAAGAUUUAUGUAUCCCUUUCCAAAAAUGGUUUUGCCCACAGUAAUAUACCGUGGCCAAGGUGGAUUACGGACCGUCAGCAGUCUCCAGAUAAUUUUGGUGCGAGACAACAAAAGCAGUGUCAAGUGACACAAAUGGACAGAGCGAGAUAUAAGAUGACAUUGCUUUUUUUUUUUGCUCUUGUAACGAUCAGCUGCCAGCCAGCAUCAGCAUCCUGUUUGUCGUUCAAUAUAGAGAUCAUCUCAGCUUCAGGAUCACGUGAUUUAUCUUCCCGUUACUGAGGAUUGUUACUGACUAGAUUCCCCGUUUGCUGACUCCUUUAUAAGAAAUGAAAAAAAAAACAGAUAGAGAGGGAGGGAUAGAGAAAAUUCCAUGGAAUGGGAUUAGUUCCUCUCGAAACCUGCUUCACUAAUCAAGGCCGGGUUUGAAAGCAAGACCUUGGAAAAUGUCAGUGAAGUCUUCAGGGGGAGCGGCAUUAAGCUGCAGCGCUGCGGUGGUAAAUCCAAAGUGUAAAGCCAUGACACAAGUGUGACCCACCUAAUGUUACUAAGUGUUGGUCUCAUCAGAUUCUACACAGAGUCGAAAAAAUCUUUUCUUUCUUUCCGUCAGAUGAGUCCGUACAUGCUAUAACACGCAGCACCUCACCACAGUAUAUAUAUUUUGUGCUAACAUUUGCAAAAUCUAUGUUUAUAUUUUUGUCAGAAAGGUUUUGAAUCACUGCCUUAUUCCACAAUGCUUGUGUCCAUGAACGUCAUUAAACGAAACAGAUGCACAAAUACAUUUA